AUGGAAAGUGAUGAAGGUCUGUCAGUCGAAGACUCGGAAAGACCAAAUGAUGAGGAGCUACCAUAUUCUGAUGAUGAGACUGAUGAUGAGCUAGAUAGUCCCCAGUCUCCAGGACCAGAAGACAAUGAAGUCACAAGAGGCCCUGAACAGGAAACGCCGCCAAAAGGUAAGUCUUGCAACUGGCAGGUUAAAGCAAAUGAUCCUAAUUUCUACAAGCAACCACAAUUCAUGAAGAAAAAGUAUUUCUUUUUUAAGAAAAGUAAAUACGCUAACAAUGAAAUCAAGACAUCCAAAUACAAUAUAAUCACCUUUCUUCCGCGAAACCUUUUUGAGCAGUUCAAGAGGAUUGCCAAUGUCUAUUUCCUGUUCCUGCUUGUCUUACAGUUGAUUCCAGAGGUAGGCACAGUGUCAUGGUACACCACCCUUAUCCCGCUGGUGAUUGUCCUAGGAAUCACUGCAAUCAAAGACCUGGCAGAUGAUAUUGCUCGUCACAAAUUGGACAACACGAUAAACAACCGAUCCUGUGAAGUUCUAACAGAUGGAAGGUUUCAAAAGAGCAAAUGGAAAGACAUUUGUGUCGGAGAUAUCAUACAAAUUAACAAGGAUGAAUUUGUUCCGGCGGAUGUUCUGCUUCUCUCCAGCUCUGAACUAAACAGCCUGUGCUACGUGGAAACGACUGAACUUGAUGGAGAAACAAACCUGAAGUUUAAAAUGGGCCUAGAAAUAACAGACAAGUUACUACAAGAUGAAAAAGCCCUGGCCGAAUUUGAUGGCAUAGUGAAAUCUGAGGAGCCCAACAACCGUUUGGAUAAGUAUGUGGGCACUCUGUUCUGGAGAGGAUCGAGUUCCAGCCUUGAUAACGAUAAAAUAUUACUUCGUGGCUGUACAGUACGCAAUACUCUCCACUGCCAUUGUCUGGUAAUAUUUGCUGGCGCCGAUAGCAAAAUAAUGAGAAACAGUGGAAAGACUACCUUCAAAAGGACUAAAAUUGAUCUUAUGGUGAACAACAUGGUGUAUAUGAUAUUUGGGAUGUUGAUCCUGGCGGCAGCUGGUCUUGCCAUUGGGAAGUCAGUUUGGGAAAGUGAUAUAAACACCGGAAAUACAUCUUGGUACCUUUAUGAUGGAAAAGAUUAUCCCGCAUCAUACCGAGGAUUCUUAGGCUUUUGGGGAUAUAUCAUUGUUCUGAACACCAUGGUACCAAUAUCACUCUAUGUAAGUAUUGAAAUGAUUCGUUUGGGACAAAGUUUAUUUAUUGACUGGGAUAUACAUAUGUACUAUGCAAAGAAAGACACAGCAGCCAAAGCCAGGACAACAACGCUGAAUGAACAGCUGGGGCAGAUUGAGUACAUCUUUACCGACAAGACUGGUACACUGACGCAGAACGUCAUGACGUUUAAGAAGUGUUCCAUUAAUCGAAAGACUUAUGGUGAACCAAGACCAGUGACUGGAAAAUCAGUAGGUGGCAGUGUGCAAGUGGACUUCAGCUGGAAUCCUUUAGCUGAUCCCAACUUUACUUACAACGACAAGUACUUAGUUGACCAAAUCCGGUCAGGGAGUGACCCAUAUGUACGAGAAUUCUUCAAGUUGCUUGCUCUGUGUCACACAGUGAUGGUGGAUAAGACAGAAGAUGGUGAGUUGUGCUAUGAAGCAGCAUCACCAGAUGAAGGAGCACUAGUGACAGCAGCCAGGAACUUUGGAUUUGUGUUUCUAUCGAGAACUCAGAGCACCAUCACCAUUAGCGAGCUGGGGAAAGAAGUCACGUAUGAACGUCUGGCCAUCUUGGACUUUAACAGCGAUAGAAAACGCAUGUCUGUGAUAGUACGGCAUCCAGAUGGGAGCUUAAAACUUUACUGUAAAGGUGCUGACACCAUCAUAUACGCUCUGCUGCAUCCGGACAACCCAAUCCAAGAGCCUACUCAGGAAGCGUUAGAUGUGUUUGCCAAUGAGACCCUUAGGACCCUGUGCCUGUGUUACAAAGACAUCAGCGAGGAAGAGUUUUACAAAUGGAACAAGAGGCAUAAAGCGGCCAUUGUGGAGGUCGACAACCGUGAUGAAGCUUUGGAUAAAGUGUAUAAAGAGAUUGAAACUGACCUCGUGUUACUGGGAGCCACAGCAAUUGAAGACAAGUUACAGGACGGUGUACCACAGACUAUCUUCACUUUGGCAAAAGCAGACAUAAAGAUCUGGGUUCUAACUGGAGACAAGAAAGAAACAGCAGAAAACAUUGGCCUAGCCUGUAAACUUCUAACAGACGAAUCUGUUAUAACCUAUGGAGAAGAAGUCAACACUUUAAUACAGAGACGAAUAGACCUUCAGAUGACGGCUGACAAUGCAGUGGAAAUGCGUAGACUUAAUGAGCCCGAUGCUCUGGCUAACAAAAAGCGUGCGUUAAUUAUAACGGGAUCCUGGCUGAAUGAAAUCCUCAUGGAAAAGAAAAAGAAGAAAAGACGGCGCCUAAAACUGAAGUUUCCCAGAAGCACAGGGCAGAACGCUCUAGAAGAGAAAAGAAAAACGAAUGCUUUGAAAGAAGAGAGACAGAAGAACUUUGUGGACCUGGCAUGUGAGUGCCAUUCUGUCAUCUGCUGCAGAGUGACCCCCAAACAGAAGGCCAUGGUGGUAGACUUGGUGAAGAAGUACAAGAAGGCCAUCACCUUGUCCAUCGGAGACGGCGCCAACGAUGUCAGCAUGAUUAAGACUGCCCAUAUAGGUGUUGGUAUUAGUGGACAGGAAGGUAUGCAGGCCGUGAUGUCUAGUGACUACUCCUUCGCUCAGUUCCGAUACCUGCAGAGGUUGAUCCUGGUCCACGGUCGCUGGUCCUACAUCCGCAUGUGCAAGUUCCUCAGUUAUUUCUUCUACAAGAACUUUGCAUACACACUGGUGCACUUCUGGUAUGCCUUCUUCUGUGGAUUUUCUGGUCAGACUGUGUAUGACACCGUGUUCAUGACCCUCUACAACUUGCUGUACUCCAGUCUUCCUGUUAUCAUUGUUGGCCUGCAGGACCAGGAUGUCAGUGACAAGGUGAGCAUGCAGUGUCCGAGCCUGUAUCUUCCAGGACAGAAAGGUCAACUGUUCAACUACUGGAAGUUUUUACUAAGUCUGCUCCAUGGCACGUUGACCUCUGUUGUCGUCUUCUUCAUCCCAUAUGGAGCCUUCUGGCAAAUGGUAAAAGAGGACGGAGAAGUAAACUCGGACUAUCAGACAUUUGCCUUCACCACUGCCACCUGUCUUAUUGUCAUUGUUAAUUUCCAGAUUGGGAUAAUUAUGGCAUUCUGGAGCUUUUUAUUUGCCUUUUCCGUGUUUGGAACCAUCAUAAUAUACUUUGCAAUUACAUAUGACUUACACAGCAGUGGAAUGCACACCCUUUUUACCUCCUUACUAACUAUGACAGGGGUGAUCACAAAUGCUUUAAGACAACCCUAUAUAUGGUUAAUCAUAAUUUUAACUGCUGGCAUAUGUCUACUUCCGGACUUGGCUGCGAGAUUUUUGUGGAAGCUGGUCUGGCCUUCUGCAAGUGACAAGGUUAUUAAAAAUCCGGAGAAAUACAAAGUGAAAGAACCCAUGCCGAAGGAAGCCACCGGUACAAUGCAACGCGGCACCUCCAUUCGCCGUUCCGCGUAUGCCUUCUCCCACCAGAAAGGGUACGGCGAUCUCAUCUCCACCGGGCGCAGCAUAAGAAGAAGAAAAAAUGUUAAUGUAGUUCAUGUAGAAAAUGGCGAAGAAAUGAGCGCGUCAUCUGGACAAAGCUAA